UGCAGGGUUUGCUGGGUCCAAAACUGUAGGGGGGUUUGGAUCUGGAUCUGAGGGGUCAACAAGUGCAUCUGGCUCCUCUAUGUCGGCUUUUGGAAAGACUGCUGGCUUCGGUGCAACAAUGCAAGCUGGAAGUAACUUUGGGACAAACACAUCAAGUAGCACCUUACCAGGAUUUGGAACAGCUGGAGGUUUUGGACAAACAACGGGUUCAUUAUUUGGACCUGCAUCUACAUUUGGAGCAUCAAGUACAAAAGGAAAUGGAAAUCAGCCAAUUUCAACCACAGGGAAUACUUCAGAUCCCAAACCUGGACUUUUUGGUCUGACUGCAGCUUUUCCAUCACAGAGCACAGGAAAUGCUGGAUCAUCCAAUCCUAGUUCUGCAUUUCAAGGAUCAAAACCCACAGCCAGUAAUGCAGGAAAAUUAUCAACAGGAAGUGGGGUAUUUGGAUCAGGAAGUGCACCUUUUGGGGGAACAUCUUCCAUCCCAAGUGUAGCAUUUGGUGGACCACCCACCACAAAAAGUGGAUUAUUUGGAACAUCCACUCAGAAAGCUGACUCUGUUUCACAAGGAGGUGCCCUCUUCAAAUCUACUGCACAAACCAGUCAAACAGGCCAUCUGUUUGGAGCUAGUGCAUCAGGAACUUCAGCCUUAUUUCACCAAAAGCCCCAUGGGGAAUCCCAGCAAUUGUUUGGUAAGCCCGCCCCCACCUCUUCCUUUGUAGGGGGAGGGGAAUCCAGCAGCAAGGCCUUCGGUUCUGGAGGACCUUCAGAAGGGGGAAAUACAGGUCCUGUGUUAAUGGGUGGCAAAUCUUCAGGGGAAAUCAAAGAACUUUCUCCACCGGCUUCUGUGUUCAUACUUAAGGAGUCAGUCCCACGGCCUAUACAGUCCACAGCUGCCACAGAUGUUGAUGUCGAUACAGUGACCUCCAAAUCCAAGAAGAAUUUGUUCAGUAGAGUAGCUAAUGUGGUCCAAAAACCAGGUGGUGCCCAAGCUCUUUUUGGUAAGGCAAUACAUGUAGCUGGUACACAACAGAUGACCUGGAGGAGGGGUUCCAUUGGAGAGGAGGGGAGAAAAAUGAAGAGGAGGUCUAGUGAUGAAACAGAGGAGGAAACUCAAGCCAAAAGAGCUUUAUCCACCAGAAGACUGUCCAGUGUUGAGGACAGAGUAGGUCUGAUCUGUAAGAACGUCCCUCCUCGCUUCAACAGUGGCCAGAAACUGCGACAACAUUUCACCAAGUUUGGGGAAGUCACCCGUGUUAUACCCAAGCCAGACAAAGGAAUGGCCACCAUUCAUUUUAAAACUCAUGAAGCUGCUUUAGAGGCCAAGAGAAAGGGGGCAGUCAUUAUGAAGGGGGAGAAGAGGAUGGAAAUAUUCUGGAGUUCUUUUUCUCCCGCAGCAAAGGCUCUAGGGCGAAAAUCCUCAACAGAGGACACAUGUGCCCCCCAAGGCCCCAUCAAGAGACAAGCCCAAGGUAAAGCUGGAGCUAGCCAAUUUAAGUGGAGGAGGAAUGAAGUGGAUGAAGAACUGGCUAGUAUGUCUGGUACGAGCGAUAUCAUUGGUCAGAAACAACAGAUCCUGCCACGUUCUGAGGAGGUCAGAGGUCAGCAGUCACAAUCUGCUGAGCGAGCCAGUCGACAUGCCAGUCCUGUACCGAGUGGAUCAAAUUCAUCUCCAGCAAUACCCACCAAAAUAGACAAAGGAGCUGUCAUCAGUCUGAAAAAUUCUGUUGCCAGAAGCAACUCAGACAAGCUUCAGAUUCUUAAUUUACGUGACAAAGUGAAUCGUCUUGGACCUAAGAAGCAGUCAGACCUAGCUAUGGCCCGAGCCUUUGUAGGGACGUGUACAGAUAUGUGUCCUGAGAAGGAGAGAUACGACAGAGAGGAGAAACGCAGACUUCACCCUUACGAGGUUUUACAGACCUCAGAAGGGUCUGGUAAUCCCCUGGUGAACCAUGCAUUGGCUGUGAAGGAGUACAGCAGAUCCUCAGCUGAUCAGGAGGAACCUUUGCCGUAUGAAUUGAGGACCCUUCCCACCCUGACCUUGACAAUGACCUAUUUACUGAGUGAGAUUGCUGACCGGGGGGAGGAUGGCAAGUGGGGGGAUUGGUUUGAUUUCCUUUGGAAUAGAACCCGAGGAAUUCGUAAGGAGAUCACUCAGCAACAGUUCUGUAACGUAGAGAGUGUAGAACUGUUAGAGAAGUGUGUCCGUUUCCACAUCUUCUGUGCGGAGCGACUCUGUGAGGAGGACAUGCAUUCAUUUGAUGACAAAAUUAACAAUGAGAACAUGACCAAGUGUCUUCAGACUUUGAAGGAGAACUACUCAGAUCUGGAGAAGAAACAGGUGUUCUGUGUCAAUGAGGCAGAGAUGAGGUGUUACAUGGUGCUGAUGAACCUGAACGAGGGCGAUAUUCUCAGAGAAACCCAGCAGUUAAGACCAGAAGUUCGUAACUCUACUUUUAUCAACUAUGCCCUUAAAGUUUACGCAGCCCUCAACAGUAAUAACUAUGUCAGGUUCUUCCGUCUUGUUAGGGAGGGGUCUUUUCUCCGUUCCUGUAUUCUACACAGAUAUUUUACUCAAGUUAGGAAGAAGGCAUUAUAUAUCCUGGUGAAAGCACAUCGCAAGGGAGUUCAGCUACCAUUGGAGGAUUUAGUGAGGACCCUGAGUUUUGAUGACCAGAGUGAGGCUGCCCAGUUCUGUCAGUUCUUUGGACUGACCACAGUGGACAACUCUGUGACUCUGGACAAGGCAACGUUUAUAGAACCGGAAGAAAACUGGUGUCCACGGCGAUCAGCUCUCAUAGAGAGGAAACUCGGCACAUCUAUUGGUGAGGCAAUAUAUGGAGGGCCAUUACCAGCUUUCUCAUUACCAGAACCAGAGAACAGCUUCGAUAACAACGGGAAAUUUGUUGGGCAGAUCAUCGUCAAAGAUUCAGAUUUUGUGGAUUCUCCAAGGAAGGAUGCAAUCAAAGGAUACAAUGUACCUGAUCAUGUAUCUGUGUCAACAGAUAAAAUGGCUGCUCCACAACCUUCUCUUGCCCCAAAAGUCAAGGUCACUUACACAAAUGAGGAAGUGAAGGAGACUGCCAAAUUCCUAUUCUGGGAGGUCAUUGACAACAUGUGUUUAGAGAUUGGACAGGAAGCAAAGCGGGAGGUGGAUACACUAAUGGAAAUCUCACAGUACUUGUAUGAUUCUAUAACAGGAGAGGUGGUCGCUGAAUUUGUGUCGACCCUGGCCAAGCAAGCUGAGGCAGAAGCAGAACUACUGAGACAGAAACAACAGAAAGCUGAGAGAGAAGCCAUGAUAACUCGGUCAGCAGUGUAUCUAACCAGUGAGAUUCUGAAGGAAGUCCUGGAUCAGGAGACAUUGAAUUUGUCCACUGCAGAAAUCAGGGAAGUACAUGCAGAAUUAAAGAGACAAAGAAUCCAGAGGUGUUCUGCAGAGAUAGCAGAUGUCAUUCUGAACUCCUCCAUCCAAGACAUGACUCAAUCUGUAUCAUCAGAAGUUUAUCAGAAAGAUGUCGUGGAAAGGCUUCAACAGUUAGCUGACCUUGAACACUGUGUCAAGGUCAAAAGAACAGGGCGCUAUCUUAGAAUGUGGAAAGCUCAGCACACUGCUCGAAUUAAGUUUAAACGCUCCUUGCUAGACUUCCCUUCAUCAAUCUUCAUGAUGGAGCCAGCACAGCAGAUAGAGGCCUUAAUUCCAGAGAGAAGGGUGGAGGGGGUGGAGGAGGGAGGAUUCUAUGUGAACCAGACAACAAAAUUAUCUGUGGAGUCCCCAGUGAUUUUUGUGAAGAGAUCAGAGAUGGAAGACAAAGUACUGACAGCUCAUGAAAUCUACAGGAAUCUGUGUCGACAAAAAGCUUGGAAACCUUUGGACAUUUGCUCUCUUGGUGGACAUCAUCUGCUGAAGAAAAAUAGAGUGUCUUGUAAAAAAAAUGCGAAGUGCAGCCAAGUGUUUUGGAAACUGGUGAUUUCUUUACCUGACCCAGACUACAUACAGACAGACCACCAAGGUCAAAGUCUCAGUCAUCUUACUAAGUGGCUGAAGGCAAAAUUCUCAAGAGGGACACCCAAAUCACACCAACAUUCUUCAGUACAGAAUGAGCUGCUGAGUUUGUAUACAGUACCAGUAACACAUGAAUCAAUGUCGGGCAGUCUGGGUGUUUGUGUGAGGCUCCUGGAGGGUAAUAUAUCCAUUCCUGAUGUACCUGGCUCCCUUCUUGGAACCUCUUGUCUUCUUUUUGUUAUGCCUCCACCCCUCAAUGAAGAUCCAGAGUGGCUUCUAUGGGAAGAAGAGAAGAGAAGAUUAGAGGAUCUCCUAAUGAACAAACCAAACUCUCCUGCUCUCCCAUUGGUUGUAAUGUGUCCAGUCCCAGCCAAUGAAAAUGUAGAUGAGGAUUUUAUAAUGAGAUGUCUGAAUAUUGAUGAGUUGAUUGCAGAUGGGAAGAUAGGUGACUUGUUCCUCUGUGUUGUGAAACAUGAUGAAGAUUUUCCUCAAGGUGUGGAUGUUGAGGAACCAGAGGUCACAGAAAAAUUAUCAGAGAGUGUGAGAUGGCUGACAGAACACUCCCCUGAUCCUCCCAGUUUGAGGGUCCAGUAUUGUAGGACUGUGGUGGAGGACUUUAUACAGGAGCAGUUCUACAGACCCGUGUUGUAUAACCUGAAACAGAGAAAACUCACUGGAUAUCUACACCAGGACCCAAACACAAUAAUAAGUCUGUACAAUGCUGUGAUUGUCUAUUUACAACAAGUACUGACAUCCCCAGAACUGUCUGGUUAUUCCUGGCCAGUCAGUGAAUUCACUCACUCUAAGAUGCAUGGUUUACCUCCCCUGUAUUGGAAUACAGACAAACACAUGACCUUGAUCUCUGACCUUCUGGAUGACCUUCAGAUGCCGAGUUUUGAAUACAGUAUAGAAGAGGAUGAUGAUUGGUCAACAGUCUGUCGUGAUGUUUGGUUUUUUGUUCAGAGAAUUACUGAUGGAUUUUCACCAUCUCAGUGUGUAGACCUCAUGUCUAAAAUUAGAGUACUGCUGCGACAGACUCGUUUAGACUUCGAGGAUACGUGUGACCUUCGUACAGGGGUCAGUCAGUGUAACCCAACCUACAUCAACAUGCCUUGGACGGAUGUCAUUAUGGCCUGUGUUGAAUUCAAGAUCACUGUAGCUGACUUUACGGAUCUAAAUUUAGAGAGUGGCCUUGAGGAAAUUUUGUUGGCUUACAGCAAGGAUGCCCUGUUAGACUUUGUCCCUCCUGCUGAGUGGCGGUAUCUAGAAAAUGAAAAAGACAGACAAGGAAAUGUUUCUCUCGAGAAAACAUUGUACAGAGCAGCCACUAAAGAGUUAGCUCGCAGAAGUAGUCUCAGAAAUCCUAAGACUGGCUCUUCCAGUGUACCAAAGAAGGAAAAAUUUAACACUGUGAAUCCCUUACCUAAAACAGUUCAUGAGGCCAAGCAAACAUCUGAACUUCUGUCAACAACUAUUGAAGAAGAGAAACUGAAAUCUCAAAAGUUUGACAAAUACCUUGAGAGUUUAGUGAGUGGAACAGAGGUAGAUCAAACUCUUUCUCCAGAUGUUACAAACCUGCCCCAAUGGAGCAUGUAUGAUUCCAAUGAAGAAGUUAGCAUCACGGUGAAGAAUUCUUUAAGGGACUCAAUGUGUGACCCUGAGGUCAGUGUGAGGGACUCAGUCUGUGACCCAGAGGUCAAUGUGUCUUUUAGGGACUCGGUAAACGACUCUGAGGUCAGUGUGUGGAGAUAUGGACGAUACAGUCUGGACAAGACUCUAAAUCAGCCCCGGAUCUCAGAACAGUUUGACAAACUAGAGGAGGAUUUAAAGAGUCAGAGGAGAGCCAGUGGUGUGUUUGAAUUACAACUUGAGAGGUGGAUCCAAGAGGGUGUAUGACUGAAGGCAUAUACUAUGAAAUGUGGAAAUAAGAGUGUGUAUGAUUGUAACAAAUAAAAUUACACAAUUAGAUAACAAUAUUUACAGUUGUGUGAAAUCGAUGUAUUUUAAAGUGUACAAUAUAAAACAGUAUAUUGCUGUCUACUAGUGGUAUAUUCGGGUUCUAAAAUUGAAUUAGAGAAUUUGAAAUCAUUGACAGGAAUGCAAAGAUAAAAAAUAUAAAGAGUGCCUUUAGCAUUAAGAAACGUUGCUACUUGUGACUGACAGUUUGUGGGAUCAGUGGGAAUCAAUCAUCAGUAAUCAUGUAGUUAAAAUUCUUAUGUCGCUUGAUUACUUAACAAUUUGAAUUUUUAAUGUGAUUUACAUGUAAAUGAUAUUUUGUAAUUAAAUGAGUUAAUGAUUUGUACGGUUGUCUUGAGUAGGUGGAGCAAUUUUUAGCUCU